GCACCGUAUGCUGCAUUGUGACCUGCUCUUAUAAAGCGACGCCCACACCCAUCCUGUCAUCCACACCACACGGUCCGACCACCAAAAUACCAAAUCGAAUCACCCGUACUCUGAUCCGAAAAGCACCACACGCACGUGGGGAUCGACACGACGCCAUGGACGCGCCGCAGCUCCUCCUCGGCGCGCUCCUCCUCGUCCUCUUCCCCGCCGCGCUCCUCCUCCUCCGCGCGCGGGGCAAGCGCCUCCCGCCGGGUCCGCCGUCCGUGCCGCUGCUCGGCAGCGUGGUGUGGCUGACCAACUCGCCCGCCGACGUGGAGCCCCUGCUGCAGCGCCUCUUCGAGCGGCACGGCCCCGUCGUGUCGCUGCGCAUGGGGGCGCGGCUGUUCGUCUUCGUCGCCGACCGCCGCCUCGCGCACGUGGCGCUCGUGGAGCGCGGGGCGGCCCUGGCGGACCGCCCGACGCUCGCGUCGGUCAGGCUCCUCGGCGACAACAACAACACCAUCACGCGCGCCAGCUACGGCGCCGUGUGGCGGCUCCUGCGCCGCAACCUCGUCGCCGAGACGCUGCACCCGUCGCGCGUGAAGCUGUUCGCGCCCGCGCGCGCGUGGGUGCGCAGCGUGCUCGUCGAGAAGCUGGGGGAGUCCGGGCCCGAGGCGCCGCCCCGGGUCGUGGAGACGUUCCACUACGCCAUGUUCUGCCUCCUCGUGCUCAUGUGCUUCGGCGAGCGCCUCGACGAGCCCGCGGUGAGCGCGGUCGCCGCCGCGCAGCGCGAGCAACUCAUCUACUUCUCCAAGAACAUGUCCAUCUUCGCCUUCUUCCCGGCGGUCACCAAGCACCUCUUCAGCGGGCGGCUCGAUAAGGCGCGGGCCCUGCGGCGGCGCCUGAAGGAGCUCUUCCUGCCACUCAUCAACGCGCGCCGCGAGUACAAGAAGCGGGGCGGCGAGCCGAGGAAAGAGACAACGUUCGAGCACUCAUACGUGGACACCCUGCUCGACAUCAAGCUCCCUGAGGACGGCGACCGCCCGCUCACCGACGACGAGAUCAUCCACCUCUGCUCCGAGUUCCUCAACGCCGGGACGGACACCACAUCCACCGGGCUGCAGUGGAUCAUGGCCGAGCUUGUCAAGAACCCGGCCAUCCAGGAGAAGCUCUACAACGAGAUCAAGGCCACCACCGGCGACAACAAAGAAGAGGUCUCCGAGGAGGACGUCCACAACAUGCCGUACCUCAAGGCGGUGAUCCUCGAAGGCCUCCGCAAGCACCCGCCGGCGCACUUCGUGCUGCCGCACAAGGCGGCGGAGGACAUGGAACUCGGCGGGUACCUGAUCCCCAAAGGCGCAACGGUGAACUUCAUGGUGGCCGAGAUGGGCCGGGACGAGCGGGAGUGGAAGAACCCGAUGCAGUUCUCUCCGGAGCGGUUCCUCCCCGGUGGCGACGGCGAGGGCGCGGACGUGACGGGCACCAAGGGGAUCAGGAUGAUGCCUUUCGGAGUCGGGCGCAGGAUCUGCUCGGGGAUCGGCAUCGCCAUGCUCCACCUGGAGUACUUCGUGGCCAACAUGGUGCGGGAGUUCGAGUGGAAGGAGGUGGCCGGAGACGAGGUGGACUUCGCCGAGAAGAGCGAGUUCACCACCGUCAUGAAGAAGCCGCUUCGCCCGCGCCUCGUGCCCAGGAGGACUCAAAGUACCAGUACUACUCGCAGCAAUGGCGAACGCUGGACAAAAAUCUAGCGGCCGCACGAUGAUGGAUCUGACUACAGACUACAACAGGAUAAACUAUGUCUCCUACGUAUAAACGGGUGUGCAAAUAAGAUUCGUUUGACCGAAUUUUAGCUCCGACAUUUAUAUAGAAUUUAAAAUUUAUAUAAUAAAAUAAAAUAGUUUAAAUA